CUAUAAGCAACACAAUUUUUAUUUUUUAUAACAAAAAUUAUUGUCAAAAAAAUAUGGGACUUUUAUGGAAGGCAAAUUUAGUUGUCAUUGGCAUUAUUGCAGCUCUAUGCCAUCGAUUUUAUAUUAAUUAUUUUAGUUCAGUAGAUUUGCCAAAUUUUAAUUAUAAUGAAUAUUGGGGCAAAGGUGAUGAAAACUUUUAUAAAGAGGAUACCUCAAUUAAACAAUUUAAAAUUGUUUUUGAAGAUAAAGUAAUAAAUGAUUUGAAGCAACAGUUAAAUAGAGACAUUGAAUUCUUACCAUCGUAUGAAGAUCAUCCAUCUUUUCAAUAUGGUUUUAAUGCAGCUAAGUUAAAAGAUAUUAUAAAAUAUUGGCGAGAUGAUUAUAUACCACGUUAUAAAGAAAGACAGGAUUUUUUUAAUCAAUUUCAACAUUUUACAACUCAAAUUCAAGGUUUAAAAAUACAUUUUUUUCAUGAGAAAGUUCCCGAAAUUUAUAAAAAAUCAAAAAAAGUGUAUCCUAUAUUGAUAUUACAUGGGUGGCCGGGAUCUGUUCGUGAAUUUUACGAGCUAGUUUUAAUUUUUAAAAAAUUUAAUAGAGAAAACAAGGAUUAUGCUUUUGAAGUUGUUGUACCAAGUCUACCUGGUUUUGGAUGGUCCGAAGCAGCUUCAAAAUCAGGAAUGGGACCUGCUCAUAUAGCUAUUGUUCUUCGAAAUUUAAUGUUACGGUUAGGAUAUGAAAAAUUCUAUGUUCAAGGAGGAGAUUGGGGUUCUGUGAUUGGAAGUGCUUUGGCAACUAUUUUUAAAGAAAAUAUAUAUGGGUAUCACAGCAAUUUAUGUACAUUUGGAACAACCAAAGCUAAUUUAAAAUUAACUAUUGCGAAAUUAUUCCCAAAAUACUUUUUCGAAGAAGAUUUUUAUGAUUUCUACCCGUCGAUUUUAGAAAAUUUGCCAACAUUGAUAGAAGAGACUGGUUAUUUCCAUUUGCAAGCAACAAAACCAGAUACAAUCGGAAUAGCAUUAUCACAUAAUCCUUUUGGGUUAGCAGCUUAUAUUUUAGAAAAAUUUUCAACAGGUACAAACAUGCUAUUUAAAAAUUUACCAGAUGGCGGAUUGACAAAACACUUCACAAUGGAUGCUUUAAUUGAUAAUUUAAUGGUUUACUACUUAACAAAUAGUAUUCAAUCGUCAGUUAGGAUUUAUGCUGAAGCAAUGACUGAUAAAUACCGAGCGUUAGAUUUAGAUCGUGUUAUUAGCGAUGCACCAUAUGGUUGCGCAAGCUUUCAACAUGAUAUUGGGCAUAGUUUUGAUUGGCAAAUAAAAGAUAAAUAUCCAAACUUAAAGCAUCACACUUAUUACAGAAAUAUUGGGCAUUUUGCUGCAUUACAGGCACCUGAAGUUUUGUUUAAAGAUAUAAUUGAAUUUGCCCAAAAAACACUUGAGAUAUCGUAACAAUAAUACAUAUGAAUGUACCUGUUCACUGAAAUAUUUUUAUAUGCAUUUGCUGUUCUUAAAUUUUACAUGUAUUGAUAAAAACACAUUGUUAUGUACAUAUAAAUUUUAAAUGAAAAUUUCAAUUAUGGUUAUUGAUUGAUCAUAAUAAAGCAAUUUUUUACUUUUUAAAGAACA